AUGAGAUAUAUAUAUCUGCAUGUGUACAUUACCCGUUGUUCCACGUUUUUCUACUUCAGUUUCUCUCAACUUCCUCGGGCUUUUCAACCACCGCAGGGACUUUUUAUCAUGGAUGACAAGUCUUGCACUAGGUGUCCUAAACCGACGUUCAAAUGUUGGAAGAAGGGAACCGGAAAAGGAUGGGUGCGUUCUGAACGGGCAGCACCACAUGGUGAGGGAUCCGUGUUGCCUUCGGCCGAUUAUGAUAUGUGCAUCAUAAACGCUGAAGCAACAAAAAUACGCGACUGUUCAAGAUGUCGCGCGCAGUUCACUGCAACUUUCGGGAUUCCUGAUCUUUGGUGGAAGGGGUAUUGCAAAGGUGCCAAUGGUUUCUUCGGCCAGGAAAUGAUCAUGGACGACGAGGGCAAUACUACAGGACUGAAUACAUGGGCGCGACUUCAAGCCAAAUUGACCAACAGACAUCAUGAUCCUGGUUACGAGUGGUUCAAACUCAACAUCUUCACACGAUGGAUCAAAUCAACACGCCAAACGAUUUUGAUCAUCUUCGACUUCAAACCGCCGGCGCCAAGCUGUGUUGGGCGAGUGCCGGCCGGUGAGCCGGACGCAUUGUCUGGUGUCCCUGAUGAAAAUGGUUACAUUAGUCCCUACUCGGUAUAUAUCCCUGUGCUGGAAAAGUUGGUUACACUCCAAGAUGCUGCCGUAUGGUCAGUACGCGACACAGUGAGGGAGAUUGAAAAAGAGAGGGACGGCCCGUCAAAACCAAAACCGACGCCUAAUUACCGCCAUUUGCACGAAACAGCACGGCAUGCGAUUCACGUUUGUGAGACGCUAGAUUUAGCUGUCAAGGCAGCGAGGCAAAUCAUGGCGCAGCAUGAGGCACUGAAGGCGGACUUGGACUUGUGCGAGGAACUCCCUGAUGCUGCCUGGACGAGGGCUUGGAAGCACACCAACGGCCGCCUGUUGUUCUUCGAAGGGAUGAUUGGUAGCCUCCAGGAGCGGUCAGCCUCAAACAAAGCGCGGCUUCUCAACGAAAUUGCACUCGCAUUCAACAUGGUUGCUCAGUUCGACUCAGGCAUAUCGGUCGCCAUUGGCCGCGCCGCUCAAAAAGACAGCUCAGCGAUGAAAACAGUCGCCUUCCUUACCUUGCUCUUUCUACCAGCUACUUUUGUAUCUGCGAUCUUUAGCACUACGUUCUUUGAGUUCAAGUCUGAAUCCGAGUGGGUUGUUUCUGAGAAGUUUUGGGUAUAUUGGGUUGUAGCCAUUCCUAUCACUGUCAUUACGGCUCUGCUGUGGUUCUACUGGCAGAGGAUAUUCCCUCCCAAAAAAUUUGGCGAUAUGCGAUUUCAAGAACACUAUGAGGCAAGAUCACGGGUGAGUACAAUGGCCUUGCAGCUUUCACCAUUUAGUGGCGAACGAGAGCGCUCCGCAGUAUAG